AUGUCUUCGAGUCAACAGAAUAAAAACAAACGGCCUGACGCUGAGGCUAUAGCUGAUGAUGAACGUCAGUAUGCUCAUAGCACCAUUAGUAAAGAGGAGCUUAACGACAAAUAUCCAAACCGUCCUCAUAAUCAUGGAAAAACAUUACCAUUCCAUGAAUUAUUCCAAUCACUCUUCGAUCCUCUUGAAGCCAACAAGAAUAAAAAGCCGGGUCCAGCCACUGCACGCAAAAAAUUAGGACCACAUGGACCUAAUAAUCUUUCUCCUCAUGAAAUACGAAGAAAUAUCAUCAUCCGAUUUAUGUCGCGAUGGCGCGACCAAGUAGGCGAUGAUUUCUUCCCUGCUUUACGCUUGAUCAUCCCUGAAAAAGAUCGCGAUAGAGCUAUGUAUGGAUUGAAAGAAGCUUCGGUUGCAAAGCUCAUUAUCAAGCUUUUGAAUCUGUCCAAAGAUUCGGAUGAUGGGUAUAAUCUUAUGAAUUGGAAACUUCCGGCGCGAGGUCCCCCAAGUGCCAAUUCGGGAGAUUUUCCGGGAAGGUGUUAUGAGGUUUUAUCGAAAAGACCAAUGAGACAGAAGGUUGGAAAUAUGAGUAUUGGGGAAGUUAAUGAGAUGCUUGACAAACUUGCUUUGGCCCAAAAGGAAGAAAAUCAAUUGCCUAUCUUUCGAGAAUUUUAUCAGAGAAUGAGUCCGGCUGAGUUGGUUUGGUUAAUUAGAAUGAUUCUUCGGCAGAUGAAGAUUGGGGCUUCGGAAAAGACGUUUCUCAAUCUUUGGCAUCCAGAUGGAGAGGCGUUAUUUAAUGUCUCUUCUAGUCUCCGAAGAGUUUGUUGGGAACUUACGGAUCCUAAUGUCACUUUAGAAGCUGAUGAGACAGGUGUGGAAUUGGGAUCGUGUUUCCAACCUCAACUUGCACAAUUUAUGGCACCUUCAUUUGACAAAAUGGUUGAGAAAAUGUGUCCUCAAGAUACCAAGGGCAAGAAUAACGAGAUUGAAUUUUGGAUCGAAGAGAAAUUAGAUGGCGAAAGAAUCCAAAUGCAUAUGGAAGAAAAUGAUGAUAUGCCAGGAGGUCGCCAAUUUACAUGGUGGUCUCGAAAGGGCAAAGAUUAUACAUAUCUAUAUGGAAAUAGUUUCGAAGACGACAAUGCAGCACUGACAAGACAUAUGAAAAAGGCUUUCGAUCCAAGAGUAACUAGUAUUAUAUUGGAUGGCGAGAUGAUCACAUGGGAUCCAAUUACGAAUAAGAUUGUGGCAUUUGGUACUUUGAAGACAGCCGCAAUAUCAGGAGGAAAAGAUCCAUUCUCUGCUACAGCUGCUAGGCCAGUAUUCAAAGUAUUCGACUGCUUAUACCUGAAUGGCGAUAAUAUCACGAAACACACUUUGAGGGAUAGACGGAACGCAUUGGAGGCAGCGGUUCACAAUGUUGAAGGACGAAUUGAAAAACACGAUUUCAAGUCCGCCAAAUCAGCUUCUGAAAUUGAUCCAGCUUUGCGGAAAAUCGUGGCUGAGGGCUCUGAAGGACUAGUGUUGAAGAAUCCACGAUCAAUGUAUAGACUAAAUAGUCGAAAUGAUGAUUGGAUGAAAGUUAAACCUGAAUAUAUGACUGGGUUUGGGGAAUCUUUGGAUUGCAUCAUCAUUGGUGGAUAUUAUGGAUCAGGUCAUCGAGGAGGAAAUUUAUCGUCAUUCUUAUGCGGUUUGCGUGUCAACGAGAAACAAAUCAAAACUGGAGCAAACCCUAUGAAAUGUUUUUCUUUCUUCAAAGUAGGCGGUGGAUUUAAUGCAGAUGACUAUGCCGCUAUCCGCCAUCAAACCGACGGAAAAUGGCAUAAAUGGGACAUCAAAUCCCCACCUACAGAAUUCAUAGAACUAGCCGGCUCUCAUCAAGAGAAAGAACGACCAGAUGUAUGGAUCAAAGCAGACGAUUCAAUAGUCGUAGAAGUCAAAGCUGCAUCAGUAGGCAUAUCCGACUCAUUCCGCACAAACUACACAUUAAGAUUUCCGCGUUUCAAACGGUUACGUCCAGAUAAAGAUUGGAAAAGUGCACUUUCAAUUGAAGAAUUCAUGGAAAUAAAAGCCAAAGUUGAGAAGGGGAAAGAAGACGAAUUCAAAGUCGACAAGAAGAAAAGAGGUUCGAAGCGAGUCAAGAGAGAACAUAUUAUCGCUGGCACAGAAAAUGUUGGAAACACAGAAUAUGUGGGACCAAACACAGAUGUAUUUAAGGGACUCAACUUCUGCGUGUUAAGCGAGAUGAUUCAUCCUUCUAAGAAAUCCAAGGUGGAAGUCGAAAAAAUCAUCAAGGAAAAUGGAGGUAAUAUCUUUCAAUCUCCUACCGCUAAAGAAGAGAUAAUCGUCAUAGCCGAUAAACGCGUGGUUAAAGUCGCUGCCUUGAUGAACACCAAGAAAACUAGCAUCGUUAAACCGCAGUGGGUAUUACACGCAGUUGCGCAAAGAGAAUCAGAUGCUGAACAGGGCAGAACAUCUAGAUUCAUAAUUCCAUUCGAGAUGAUCCACAUGUUAUAUUGCAGAGACGAAGACAAAGAAGAGAUCGAAGCAAACUCAGAUGAACAUGGCGAUCCAUAUUACCGGGACGUGGGACCGCUGGAAUACAAAGGAAUCAUAGAAAAAAUGGCCAGAGUUGAAGGCAAAACCCUCACGACAUAUCUACAAGAUAUGCUGAUGAAGCAAGGCGUGGAUAUGACGGAAUUCAAGGGGAGCAUGUUUUGGGGCUGCAAGGCAAUUUUUGUGGUCGGGGAAUUAAUGACGUUCGACAUGGAUCUAAAUGUGCGGAUCGAGUUUGAACAUUUCCGGAUCGCGAGUGGGAAGAUUGUGGAGGGAGAUGAUAUCGACAUCAAAAGAAAAGUCAGGGAAGAAGGCGUUACGCAUAUUUUCUUCUCGGACGAUAAACAAGAGCGACUGAGAGAAAUCAGAAAGGAACUCGGCGCAUGCUCACCGUAUCUCCUGAGCUGGAGAUGGAUCCGCGAUUCCUGGAAAAACGAGAAGAAAGUGGAUGAGGCUCCGUAUUUGGUUUAG